CCAAACCAAAGGUUGUCCAUCCAGCCAUCUCCUCUGGGGAAGUUCAUCUUCUCCGGUGAAGGUUACUCUUCUCUGAAGAACCAAACAACUUAUAACUUAUCAUCAAUUUUAACUAAAAAUUGUAAUUGGAAAAAAUCUACAUGCUCAAUUUCAACAUCAACUUUUACAUGAAUUAUACUGACAUUAAGCUAAUUAGCAAAGAAUUAGAAACCACAUGAACCCAAAUUCGUUCUUCAACGCCAAGGACCCAGAUCUACUCUUCAACACUAGGAGAAAGAGGGAAACAAGAUUUACAAACAUCUGGGUCUAAGCUCCAUUUUCCUUUGUUAAAAACCUAUAUUAGAUAAAAAAAAUUAAAACGAGGUUAUGCAGAAAAACUGGGAACCCAGGCGUCAAGGAGCUUAGGUCAUCGUCAGCCCACAACGUGAGGGAAUCCAAAUUUGGUUCCCUUAUCAGUGGGUAACGCCCCUAAAGUAAAGCUCGCUGUGAGUUCCCCUUGAUUCUUGCUCCAUUGGCUCGCAUAAGAGCAGAUAGGAAGGAUGGAGGUAUGCCGGAGGAACAGGUCGGAAGAGCAGAGCACGAAGCUCGACCUUCUCUCACUCUUUCUUGCUCUGGUUUUCAGUCACGGGUGAAACCAGUCGUCGGAUCCAUCGGCGCUGAUUCUUCUGCCUUUAAGAUCAAGGGGAAGGGUAGGGGAAGAAGCCUGGUAUAGGGGCAAAUGUGUAAUCUUAUAGUUUUGUUUUAAAUUUAUUAUUUAAUUAUUAAAAAUUUUAAAAUAUUUGGUUAAUAGAUAGGAUUUGACGUU